GCAGAGCGGUCCGGUGAAUCAAACACCUAUCAAAUUGAGCAAGACUGGAACAGCAGCGCGUCUUUUUUGCUAAACGCAUUAAAACGUGUUAAAAUGCCUGCAGGCCGCUUACUAUUACAAACUACAGCACUGACUAAGACUAUUAGCAGAAAUGCUUUCACUGCAGCCAAGCCAGAUUCCUCUAGACCAAACAUGCUGCGAGUGGGACUAACAUUUGGGAGCACUGCUCUCCUGUGGGCACUGCUUUUCAAACAGCACAGCACUGACGUGCAGGAAUACAAGACAAGAAAUGGACUGGAAUAGUUCCUCUCAACAUGGCAUAUUUCCAACCUCUGUGUCAUGUUUUUGUGAAAACAUUUUCCCCAGUGUCUGUGGUCCACUGCUCUUGGAUGAUCUCCUGUAAUGUAUAAUAAAGAUAUUUAUAUAUUAAAAGUCUU